UAUGAUCAGGAAAAACUUACUCCUUUAUGCCGGUGUUUGACUAGCACAAGUAUAAGGAAAAAAUUUUAACACAAACUAAAUAAUAUGCAAUGUUACGCCAAACCCUUAAAUAAACAGCAUGUCCUUAUAUAUUUCUUCUCUCUCUUUUCUUACUGGUCUUAUCUUCCUAAUAAAUGGGCUUGAAGCAUAUUACAAUUACAAUUGCAAUUGCUUAUUGCAGCUCAUGUGCUUGGCAGAUCUUGAAUAUGAUUAUGUCAACCCUUAUGAUUCAGCAUUUCGGAUUAACAGAGUAGUGGUGCCAGAAUUUGCUCUUCAAGGAGCGCUGUGGUUCCUACAUCUUGUGACAGGGCAUUGGUUGAUGUUUCUGAUAUGUCUGCCAUACUUAUAUUAUAAUAUCAAACUAUAUCGAUCGCUGCACUUGGUAGAUGUAAUUGAGAUUUUCAAUCAGCUUCCGUGGGAAAAGAAGAUACGGUUGUAUAAGCUUGGAUACCUUGUGAUACUUCUUGCCUAUUCGAUAUUCUGGUACGGUGUCAGCAAGAAGCUGCUAGUCCUCAUCUCUGAAACAACUCGUAAACCUAAUUAUAUCAUUAGUUUGUUGUAGCUCAUGCCUAAUCUUGUUUGUGAUUUUAGGACGGUUUGGAGCAUUGUGGAUGAAUGAAGUAGAAUUUUAUACAACCUCAGGAGAACCACAUCCCAAAAGCUAGCUAUUGAGGUGGGAGAGCCCAAAGCUAUAUAAUUCCCACAUCAUCUUCCUAUUUAACCAAUGUGGGACUCAAGAACCAUUCCUUGUAAUAAUAUCCUAACAAACCACCAAGCUCCGCAUCGCAUCCUCGACGGCUGUGGGCUAGACAUUACUAGCCCCAGGCGAACACUGCCAUAGCGGCGUCACCAUUGGCACGACGGCCACGAAGGGCAGUGGGUGGCUCUGCUACCAAUGAUAGUUGAAUUGCAGGAACUAUGAUUGCUCGAGGAUUCAGAAGUUAAGUCAGGAACUAUACAGAGUAGUUCGAGAAGAUAACCUAAUCUAUGGAAGGAAAGAGAUGAGUUUAGAAGUAGAUUUGUAUUUAGACAAAGUGUAAAUGUAUAUUGAUGAUUCUCAAUGUAAUGUGUCGAAGCCUAUAUAUCUGAAUAACAAUGAAAGAACAUAGUGGGAUACUUCUAACUAACAAUUCAGCUAAUGAACUAACUAACAAUGCUGACUAGGAUGUUGACUCAGCUCAAUUACAAUAUUCUGAUGCCAGAACUGCUGCUGUCUCUGAGGGUUUGUAAUCUUUCUCAACUACUCCUAACAAGUUUAACAAAGAUAGGAAUGGUACAUAAAAAGUUUUCAAAUAUAUACAAUUGUGACUAUCUUUUUAGACAAACUAAAAAGGAAAGUGUGCAAAUGAGGCGUAAAAUGAGA